AUGCCUCCGAUCUCCCCUCCGCGAGGAGCUGUAUCCUACGACAAUCCGCAGCUUACAGACCAAGAUGUUGGCGCCCUCUACCAGAUCGUUACCCGUGCGGGGGACCACCCGGACGCCGAAAGACUGCCAUUCAGAGCUCUGUUUGAGUCAUACGAUCAGUUUCUGGAAGAACAUGGCGCGGCCGUGGAUCAGGGUCAGGUCUGCCUGCGGUUCCUCUUCAAGAUGGGAAGGAAAGGGUUCGAGGGCAGGACGUUGUUUGAGAAGUUUGAGAGUGCCCUUGGGCAAAUGGGGAUAGUCCUUGACUUUGAUGGAGUUGGUGAAGCGGGCGGUAACGAAACGAUGACGACUAGCCGAGAACAGUGGGAUCGAUGGCACGAGGAGGAUGCUACCCAGGAGAAUAUAUCAACGCACAGGACUCCACGGCGACGAGCGUCUUUCAACUCGAUGUACGACGUCGGCGAGGACAUGACCCAGCGCAGCUUCGUAAACCGUCCCAGCUCACGGUCGUCGAUGUCGCGUUUGCAGAUGGGAAAACCUCAAUUCUCAGACACGAGAGGUUCGCCCCAACAAACGCUCCGUUCCAGACCGCAAUCGCCUGACAGGACCCAAUUACUUGCACAGUUCUUGGAAGCUGGCCGACGGCUUAUGAACAGAAUGGGUUCAUCGUCUAGUGAGAAGAAGCGUCGAUCCCAGGAACAAAAGCUCCCCAAUGGACAUCCCGCGAAGGCAGAUUUCAAAAGGAUCCAUUCAGACCGAGCCGCCGCCGCUGCCUCAUGGCACGAGUCGCGUUCGCGUAGCAUCUCCGAUGACUCGGGCGAAGACGACACUGAUUCAUCACAGGCCGUUUCCUCUGCAGAAAGCCAUGCUUCAGCAUCUUUUGAGAAACAACCGCCACCGCCCGAAAUGCUCUAUAGACCGUCACCAUCGGAUCUUCUGCGAGACGCCUCAACCUUCAAUAUGUAUCGCCAACGGGCGAUCAACCGGAAGAUCCUCACACAAUGGAUGAAGAAAGCUGUGCAGGCACAGCAGACGCACCGGAACAUGGAGGUUGUUGCGAUUAAUCGGGACCGAGCACACCUUCUUCGCGACGCUUAUGAAGUAUGGCUUGAAAUGAUCCAAAAACGCCGUGAAGCUGCCAGGACUGAGCGGUUCUUUCACCACCUGGAGAUACGUGCAGCUCGCGCGAGAGACCUGUAUCUGAUGACGAAAGCAUUCACGCACUGGGCACAACUGACGUCUGACGAGGUCGCCAGGACGGAUGCUGCAAGACGUCGCGUACUCGGUGUGAAAUAUUUCAAUGCAUGGCGAGAGAUCACCGCUGUCAACGAACUCAAAGCCCAGCGAUUCGCCCUCCGCAGGCCAUUCAACGCCUGGAGGAAGAAAACUCAUCAGAUCAAAGCCCAGGAGGCCAAUGCCAUAACCCUACGUGAAACGAAGCUUGUCAAUGAAAAAUACUGGCAAUGGUUCUGGCAUCUUUGUGACCGGCGUGCCCCUCGGUGGUACGACUAUUGCCUCAAAAAGCGUUCUCUUAUAUCAUGGCUGCGCAAGUUCCGGACCAAUAGAGAGCGGUUCCAGGAGAUGGAAAUCAGAGACAAACAGUAUCUGCUGGAGUCGGGAAUACAGGCCUGGUCGCAGAGGUACCAGGCUGUCACUUCCGCGAACGAACACGCAACAUCGAUGCGUCGUCAAAAGCUCCUUAGACAGUCUUUAGGUGGUUGGACCACUGAAUCUCGUCUUGCCCCCGCUGAAUCUCGAGUUGCUGAUAUGGUUGACGGACGACUUGCGCAUUCGGCCUUGCGACAGUGGUCACUGCGGGCCCAGAUGCUGGAGCAAGCACAAGAAAUAGACCGGGCACGGCUUCUCCGAGACGCGUGGACCACAUGGAAUGAUCUGCUCCGAUGCCAGGCCCUCGGCGCUCGCAUCCAGGAGCGAAUGAAGAUGGAGGCCAUGUACAAAUGGGUUCUCGCUGAGAGGUGUCGGUUAAUGCAGCGCAUUCGGGACCAGAGGAUCACCCGCGAGGUUUUCUCUCGCUUCGUCUCGAACAUCCGCGGAACAUACUCUCGCCUGUUGCACAAUGUAGAUCUCCAUGAAGACCGCCAAACGGAGGAGUUACUGCGUUCCAAGUUCGCCAUCUGGCGGGGGCAGGUUGCGCGACAACGGCAGCGGGAAUACGCCGCGUUGGAGUUCUAUUCGUCACGCCUGCAGCCCGAAUCGUUUGUCAUUUGGAAAGCGAAGCACCAGCAGCUCACAGAAAUGGAAGAAUGGGCUCGUCGCGCGCACUUUUACUUCCUGAUGAUGCGGGUGACCAAGCGGUGGCACCAGGCGACGCAGGAAUCAUCCAAGCGCCGCCGUCAAGAUGCGUACGCCAAAGUGCGGCGCAGGAUCAAGGUCACCAUGGCGUCCAACGCUCUUAUCUCAUGGCAGUCCAAGACCCUUCAUGUUUUGGAUCUGGAGCAGCAAGCGAUUGAGGUGUGUCGGCACACGACUUUAAACACCUCCUCGCGCAUACUGCAUCGAUGGCACCAGAAGACGGCCCAGCGGGUCCACGACGCCCGCGCAGCCGACGGGCAUUAUGCCCGCCAGGUGGCCUAUGAGCAGCUAACACGACUGGCUGAAGUCUUGGUCGAACACCGCGCCCGGACAGACCAGGCAGAUGCCCUGUACCGGAUGCAUGUGCUGAGCGUCUCUGGAGCCCAGCUCCGCAAGCUCAGCCUGCGCGUGUUCCAGGUGAACAGCACGGCGGAGACGGCGGACUCGAUGCGAGAUCGCACCAUGCGCAAGCACGCCCGGAGCAUGUUCCGCCUCUGGAGUGAGAAGGCACGGCUACAGAUCGAGGCGCGAGACUCGCCGGGCCUGACUCCGACACCCGCGCGUGAGUACGGGAUGGAAAGCACUUCGCAGACGGCGUCCGCUUCUGCCGAACCGUCGUCGAUCUUUGACCCGUGGUACCAGGUCGAAACGCCCUUCAAGUUCAGCGACCUGGCGAAUACGUCACCGGCGAAACCCCCGGCCGGCCUGUUCGCGACGCCCAACUACAUGACCUCACCGUCGAAACGGGCAGCGCGGGCCCGCGCCCUCGCGCGCAUCUCGACCACCCCGGCCACACCGCUGUACACACCGUUUGCCAGCCGGCUGUUGCAAGCCAACUCCACGGCCGUCUCGUCGCCGCAGAUCCCACCCACCACGGCGUCGCACCGGCGAGGGCGAAGCGGUCGGGGCAGCGCGCUGGGGGCCAGCGUACGCUUUGUCGACGUGGAGCCGCAAUCGCCUACGGACGGCCGCAAGUCUUCUAGCCGGCGGACAUAG